UUAUUUUCCUCACUCCCUGCCUCGGACUAGCACUCGGCUGCUGCUCCUGCUCGUCGCCUCUCCUCUCUGCCCGCCCGCUGUACCAGCCGAGGCAGAGCCACCCCUCCGCUUCAGUGGUGGUGGCGACGCUCGCCUGCGACCGCCCGCGAGGUAGGGGGAGGGAGUGAGCGAUGGAUGGCAUGGUGGAAUCCAACAGGGAGGCGGUGCAGAGCUGCCACAAGGUGCUGGACCUCCUCUCCAACCCCCAUGGCCAGCUCGUUCCCCACAAGGACCUCGUGGAGGCCACGGGCGCCGCCGUCGCCAAGUUCGGCUCCCUAGCUUCCAAGAUCAGCAGCGGCAAUGGCCGACAGGGCCAUGCUAGGUUCAGACAAAGGAUCAAGAAGCCCAUGCCUCUCUUUGACAGCAACCUCUUCCGGGACAGCCCCGCAUCGGCAUCGGCUGCCGAUGCUGCUGCCGCUGCACCCAAGACGUCCAGUCCUGGCCCGAGCACCGGUCUCCAGCUGUUUCCGAGGUACCAGCAGAUGGAGGCCUCCUCCUCCAAGGACCCUGUCAGGAUCCCAGCAGCCCAGUUCCCCCAGAGGAUGGUUGUGGAGAACCCGUCGGUCGGUUCGAACGGGCCGCCGCUCCAGCUCGUCCAGCCGGUGUCUGUCGCGCCCCCGGCGGGGACGCCGGCACCGGCAUUGCCGGCAGCGCAUCUCCAUUUCAUCCAGCAGCAGCAGAGCUACCAGAGGUUCCAGCUCAUGCAUCAGAUGAAGCUGCAGAGCGAGAUGAUGAAGAGGGGCGGCCAUGGUGAUCAUCAGGGUGGCAGCACUGGUGCUGGCAAGGGUGUCAACCUCAAGUUUGAUGGCUCUAACUGUACGGGCUCAUCCUCCCGUUCGUUCCUGACAUCUCUGAGCAUGGAGGGGAGCAUGGCGAGCUUGGACGGUAGCCGCUCCAGCCGUCCCUUCCAGCUAGUUAGUGGCUCGCAGACGUCGAGCACCCCGGAGUUGGGCCUCAUGCAGCAGAGGAGGAGGUGCGCCGGCAAGGAGGAUGGGAGUGGACGCUGUGCAACUGGGAGCAGGUGUCACUGUGCAAAGAAAAGGAAACUAAGGAUAAGGAGGUCUAUCAAAGUCCCUGCAAUCAGCAAUAAGGUCGCCGACAUCCCGGCUGAUGAAUUCUCGUGGCGGAAGUAUGGCCAGAAGCCAAUAAAGGGAUCCCCGCAUCCUAGGGGUUACUACAAGUGUAGCAGCGUGAGGGGCUGCCCAGCGAGGAAGCAUGUCGAGAGGUGCGUCGACGACCCCGCGAUGUUGAUCGUUACCUACGAAGGCGAUCACAACCACAACCGAGCUGCGGCAGCCCAGCCACAGCCAGCCUGACCUUUCGGGCUUCCAUUGUCGUCGCAGACCGCUUUCGAUAGCCUCCGUUUUCUAGAGAAAGAGAAGAAAAAAGAAGAUGAAGAAAAGAAGAAGAGACUAGUCUGUACAUACUCUUCUGUUCCUAACUGCUGAGGAGGGGGUGGGGGAGGAUGAUGAUUCAGCUCUUUCAGGAGAAUCCAUGGCAAAAGGGAUUUAUCGCGUAGAUUGUCGAUUUAGUGGUGUUUCUCAUCAAUCAGACUCAUAAAUUUUGUAGACUUUUCCUUUUUUUUUUUGCCCCUGUUGUCUCUGUGUCUGUUGGUCCUUAGGAGUGUCCUGUGCUGUCCUGUGCUAUGCAGUGUAAGAUUGGGCUGCAGUUAUAUGUCGGGGGUUGGUGUUACUGUAACCGUGCAAGGGGGUUGGAGAAUGCAGGUAGCUGGCAGUGCCUGUUAAAGUUGCGACACCUAGGAUCUCACAAAUGUACCCCUCAUCUUUCGCUCAAUUGGAUUGGUGGAUCGCCUGAUACCUUUGACAUGGGUUCCUGUUUGCCACAAGUGCUGUUUCCGUGGUGUCA